AUGGAUAUCGAACCAACCUUCAAAGGGUACGUCGAGAACGAACAGGACGCCCUCUUGAUCAUACAGGCCACGAUCGAGGGCAAGUUGAAACAUAUCGCAAGAAGACCCUACGAAAUUGAAAGGCCGUAUCUGAUCGUCUCAGGGAACGUAUUCGUCUUUAUCGAAGAAAUCUCUGGGAUCAAACGAUGGACGGACGGUGUGGCUUGGUCCCCCUCCAGAAUAACGGGCAAGUUCCUUAUUUAUAAGGAAUCGGAUAAGAACGCAACGGGGGCCAACAAGGACGAUACGAAAAUCAAUGUCCCCUCGUUGGUGAACCCACAAGCUGCAGCCGCCACUGCAGUGGAUAAUGAAUCUAGUGGUGGUAGCUCGGGCAAUAGCAAGGGCUCCACCAUUAAACCAAACGGAUUGCAGAAGAAAACAAUCUCAGUGAAACUGAAGGGACAGACUGGGUAUAACCCGAUUGAGAAUAUUCAUCUGGUUUCUUACUAUUCUGAAGAAGACGUCGAGGAACAUCGUUUGUUGAUCCCAAGGGAAUCUGAAUACAUUUUCAAAAAUGUUCAUCCCUCCAUGGAAUUGGUGAGAGCAAUGGAAAACAUCACUUUGGGGAACAUUAAGGGCUCUGGAUCACCAUCAAAUAAAAUACAAAGGAAAAGAUUACAUUCUAAAUCGUUGUCCAAUAACUCAGAAUUGAUGGAUAGUAAUGGUGCCCCCCAGGGUGAAAACGGUAUCCAUCCAGAUAACAAUCAAAUGCAACCAACUUAUUUGAAUACGUAUCUAGCUCAACGUAACAGGUAUCCUCAAUAUACUACGGCUCCCUACUUAUCCAAUGGUUCAGCAUAUUCCUAUGCGGAUUACAUACCUGCACCACCUCCACCUCAUCCAAACGUUAAUGGCAAUUUAAUGUCCAAUUAUCAAUACCCGCCCUAUUUUAUACCUACAAAUUCUCAUUUUGUUAAUCAACCUUCUCAUCCAUUGCCUCCAAAUUCUACAUCCAAUACCAUCUCAUUACCAUCCACAGCUAGCUCUCAAUCAAUCUUUGAUUCGGAUAGCUCCACAACAGCACCAAUGACAACAACAACAACAACAAUGUUACCUCCUACUUAUUAUCCGGUGACGGAAGCAAUACCCGAACUACAUUCUUCUGCGGUAAACAACACCAACAACAAUCUAACACAGCAACAACAGCAACAUACAAACGGAAUGAACGGAUAUCAGGCAUACUCGACCAAUAUCCCCUACCUCACCAACCAAUCCCAGCUUUAUAACAGAAACGUCUCAGAAACCACUCUGAUUCCAGCCAACGAUUAUCCUACAAGUAACAACAAUAAUAAUACUAAUAAUAAUAAUAAUAAUACAUAUUCUCAUUCCUCCAAUAAUAUUAACUACAGUACGACUGCUGGUCAUGUCCUACAACACGUUAAUCAAUCACAUCUGAAUAACGAACAGAAACAAAACUACCCUCAAUCCAACAACAAUAGUAACGAUACUCACAACAACAGCAACAGCAACAGCAAUUCUAGUAAUGAUUCAACAAUGUAUAUAGCCCAUAACGACCACACACACCAACAACAACAGCAACAACAAGGAUACUUCCCAGGUUUUAGAAACUACGGAUUCACAGUCCCUCAAUCUUCAAACAUACCAAGUCUCUACCAGCAACAAUUACAAAAACACGUAAGACACCCAACAGGUUCAUCAACCUACACCUACUCCUCUUCCUCAAACUCUACACAGGGAGUCAAUACUCAAAGUAGUAACACCAGCGGGACCAAUGAGAACGAAGGAGAUAACGAGAACGACAAGAUUUCUAUCACGGCCACGAAUAGUAGUACGGAUAUAAGCGAGAAUUCCAAUAGCACGGGACUGACAAAUGGUGGGUUCAGUAUAAUCGGCAACUAA